CAUGCUCCUUGACAUCAACGGCAAAGAUUCACUCUCUCCCCCCACCAUGCGUCAUCAUUAAUCUUAAGAUUGGUAUUAUUGAAGCUUCGCAGCGGGGACGGUCGAUUCUUAUUCGUGUUCCUCCGGCUGAAGGUUGGGUUCAUUCGGCAAUGUCCCCCUCACGAGCCUUCCAUAUGCCUCGGCCAAGAAGGCUCGUCAUACCCGAAAGAAGCAGUGAUGUGGAGCAGACGCACCCAUAAAUGGGGACAGUUGCAGUCCAUUCGGAGGGUAUAAUGGGGCUUCAGGUCUUGACGGUUCCACAAACUCAAUCCACUGUGAGCCACGGUCAGUCGAUUCCACCAAGCGGGGAAAGCUAUAUAUACUGUACACAACACCUACCGCAGCCAUGGGGUAUGUUCAUGAACGACUGAAGAAGGUCUCGGAGAUCGUUGCGCCAACAACCUCUGCUGCGGGAGACCGUGCUACCGACAUGUCUACCACGGGUACUUCUGAACGGGUCCAAGCUCCCGAUCAGCUCCCUUGGGAUCCGAAUUGCACGCGGUUCCCCACUCGCAAGGAACUGCCUAAGAUUCCUGGGGCGCCGAAGGAUGCUGCAUGGGUCUGGGGGAAAGAUGAUCAGCUCGGACGGUUGAAUCUGCUGACGCCGGCUCGAGUCAAAGCUGCAGCUGCGGAGAUCAAGCUCGGGGAGAUGAUCCGACUUGAUCUCCCAUUGCACAUCCCCGAGACCCCGGCCUUCGACCGCGAGCCCUUCCAGCAUCAGAUCAAGGAGCUCGUCGAGGACGUGGUCUACGACGAUACGUAUACCCUGAACACGCAGAGUGGCACCCAGUGGGACGGAUUUCGCCAUUUCGCGCACCUAGACACCAAACUCUUCUACAACGGGACCAAAUCCACAGACUUCCACCCAACCGACCCCGACCCCCACAAAUGCAGCAUCCACCACCUCAGCACGCACGGCCUCGCCACCCGCGCCAUCCUCCUCGACUACCGACACUACCACCUGACCACGCACCCCGACAACCCCUACGACCCCUACACCUCGCACCCCAUCACCCUAUCCGACCUACACGCCUGCGCCCGCGCCCAAGGCAUCAACCCCCUCCCCACAUCCCGCGGCGGCGACAUCCAGCCGGGCGACCUGCUGCUCAUCCGCUCGGGCUUCGUCGAGCAGUACCACACGCUCACGCCCGCGCAGCGCCGCGCCGCGGCGCGCCGCUCGCACGCGGACCUCUGCUGGGCCGGGCUCGCGCAGGACGAGGACGUGCUGACCUGGUUGCAUGACUGCUACUUCGCGGCGGUGGCGGGGGAUUCGCCGACGUUUGAGUGCUGGCCGCCCACGCGGGAGGGGGGGCAGGGCGGGUUCAUGCAUCAGGAGCUGCUGGCGUGUUGGGGGAUGAUGAUCGGGGAAAUGUGGGAUCUGGAACGGUUGGCGGGCCGGUGUCGGGAGGUGGGCCGGUGGACGGUGUUUGUGACGAGUGCGCCGGCGAUGGUUUUUGGUGGUGUUGGAUCGCAUGCUAAUGCUACGGCGAUCUUGUAAACUGGGAGUCUGUCCUUGACUUCCAGGGCUAGGGACAGGACAGUUGAAUGGGGUACGUGCAUGCUUAGCGGAUUAGCUAUGCGCUGAGCGAUGGUAGUAUUCUUCAAGGGCAAUUGACAAAGAAGAAACUCGAGUAUUCUUUCAGUGGUAGCAGUCAUCACGUCGUUACAUUCAUUAAAGAGUAAGGGGAUGGACAUAGGAAACGGUUAUCGAGCCCUUAUCUCCAUCGCCAUAAUAGACGAAGUAAGGGUCUCUCAUGGUCAAGUCGACUCAAGAGGCGCAUGUCAUGUGCUGGUGCAUGGCAAUGACCAGCAGUUAAUACACCAAGACAAAAC